AUGUACUUGAACAACCACAGAUCUGGUGGAUCCAGAUCGACCAAGGAUCCACGUAAAGGAUGUAUCGGUCUUGCCAAUUUGGGAAAUACCUGCUAUGCGAAUUCCGCUUUACAGUGCUUAUCACAUGCGAAAGCGUUCCAAAAAUGGAUGAGAAAGUGCGGCCCGGCUGCAAUGGGCAACCCGCCAGAUGCGAGAGCGUCUUGCUCGAGGAGACUGGUUUUUAAACCGUGAAUUGGAUCGCAUUGAGUACUUUCCUUGUUAUGCUCACGAGUCUCUGGGUGCUGGGAGAGGUGACGUCGCACUAGUAGCACAUCAUCAAGCACAUAUUCUUGUUUAAAAUAGAGUCGGCACUAGUGGUCCAGUGGGAAGAAUAUGAAAGCACUAUUCCUACUACAACAUCUACCGAUGUUCAUCCACCUCAGGUCUGGGAGUUGUUUGUUUUGUUUGAACGACAGUGGGGCAGUGCAUUUGAUGGACGGCCAUGCGAAGCCAUCGACUUCGUCCGCCAGCUUGCGGGUUACAACGCGAUGUACCUGGGUCAGCAGCAACACGACACGCAGGAAUUUCUGCGGAUGUUACUAGACUGUGUGCAUGAGGAAUUGAAACGAAAGAUUCCGAAGUACUUCGCUGCUCAUGUUAAGGCCAGUGACAGCAGUUUUUGUAUUCACGGUACUGCUACUGUCUGUGUUAGUGUGUAGUUCCACAGCGUAUUGCUAUCAUUUUACUAGCUUUCGAACUGUUUAUAAAUGCUAUCACAAGAUUGUCAUUGUACGCCAUGCUCUAAAGAUGAUUACGAGGACCACCGGUCGCUUGCAAUCUAUCCACCAUGCAGACUCAGCGCUCUCGACUAUGAGGAAAACUAUGAGCAAGACGUCGCGAAUUCACCCACGAGGCGAAGGGUAUCUUCAGUUGAUGAACAUUUGGAUUUGAUAUCAUCCGUUCCCCGAUCUCUUCGUUUUUUAGAAACAAACAUUUGAUGUUGAUGUCUUGCCCUCAACAAAUACAAAUACCUAGCCACUAAAAUUCAACCUUGUUUUUCCACCAUCUUGAUCAGGCGAUUCCUUUGCAUUUUCCUGCCGUGGGGGAAAGCGAAGAGAAGGAAGCUUUAUAUCAUGACAGUUCCAUCGUCUCUGAGGUGUUUGGGGGAACGAUUUGCUCCACUAUCACGUGCACAGAAUGUCGAAACAAGUCGCAUAAGGUAUCACAGCCCUUUCUCUUUUUGACUACAGUGUAUGAUUUGGUAGGACUCGUGCAUUGGUUUUUUUGUGGCCGUGGCUGUAUUCACCUCGCCAUUCGGCGGACACCCGUCAAUUAAGGUUAAGGAACUCCGUGUCCGUUCCUCAUAUUCAAGAAUUCUCACUGCUUGCACCAUUUCAUACUAUGACCCAGAUCGACCCUGUUUUUGACGUUAGUGUGCCGAUCCCAGCGGAGCCAGUUCCGAGUGACGAAAUGCAGAUGGGAACUGCGCAACAAGGAGGCUCCUCUUCAUCGACUAGAGGUAGCACUGGUUCUAGACCAGGCUCGUCACAAGCUUAUGAUGGUGCCCAUGGUGGUCAUUGUAGUGAAGAUACCAUAGUUCUGCGUGGUGAGAUCUUUUCGCAGAGACGACCUCAUGCUGAUGCUGAGAACUUUGUUGCAGUAAGUUGUACACAUUUACGUGAGUCCGUUAAUGCGUCAUUACUUUGAUUUCAUCAUUCCCGCAUCCUCUAAUUUUUGCAGAUGAACACAAAUCGAGUGGCGUCAUUUUUCGGAAAUCUAGGACGAAAUGUGCAGAAUCUGUUCUAUGAACGUGGGAUUGGACUCGACGACUGCAUACGCAAGUUUUGCGAACCCGAGCAACUUACAGGAAGCGAAAAGUAUGAUUGCGAAAAGUGCAAGAGAAAAACGAAUGGCGAAAAAAUUCUGUACAUCCGCCAGCUCCCAGAAGUACUCUGUAUUCACCUGAAGUUAUGGCUGGUAGAAUAAGUACCCAUAUUAAUUCCUGAACUCUCUAGAUGCCUAUGUCGCGGCUUAGAAGAUGCUUGUGUUUUUGAUGUGUCCGUUUGGAUGUGACAAGUGCUAGUGCCUUGCAGCCCCGUUUUUUUGUCAUGGUAGUCGCAAUAGAAACUCGACAUGAAUAUCACGACAAACUUGGGCAUAUAGAGAUGAGGGCGGUUUUUUUUUAUUUUUUUCCGGAAAACAGGGUUCUCCUUUAUAGUCAUAUGUGGACGAUAUGACUUGGAGACGGGAGGAAAGCCUGCAGGAGGUGCUUAUCAUGGGCUUUCCCCUGACCUUACCUUUCUUCUUUUUUUAGGAGAAACGCUAUCCUGUUAACAGAAUACGAGAAGGUAUUAGUAAGAUUUUCCACACGAGCAACACUCCCUAGUACUGUCCACUAUAAUACCCUUUAGAGUCUCCUAGUACCUUUUCUUGCUGUUGCUCUCUUCCAUCCCAAUGAAAACCUUAGGACUCUUUAUAUAUAGUUUACUCUCUCUCACAAAAAAUGAUCUCUACGGACGUACGCUGCAGAUGAGUCGGUGCUCUUGCACAAGAUACAACGAAUUUUUUCAUUUUUUCGAAGAAGGAUCGUUUCUUGAAUUCUAAGGCCUACGAGAUUAUUUUUGUCCAUCUAAUGAAGCGCUUCAGGUAUGAUCAGGGGUGGUUCGGCAACAAAAACACAAAACCAGUGAGCUUCCCCAUCGAUUGCCUCGAUAUGAAGCCUUACUUAGACCCUCACGCGCCACAAAGUCAUGCGUCCUCGCCUAUUGCAAGAGGCAAUGGCGUAGUUGCACCUCCAUUUAUGGUAUUGUGACUCCUCGCUCAAUGGGUUAGUUUUCUUACAGGUAAUGCUUGUAGAUCGCUCAUUCGCGAGUACUUAGAUCUGACUCCUCUUCUAUCAUGUCCACCUCGUCUAUAUCUCCCUCGUCUCUUCAUUGAUACCACUGCUGCGGUGUCGACGAGGUCCGCGUCUAGUGAGCAGACAGGGUCUUCCUCCUCGAGUCAGCAGACGAAGUAUCGCUUGAUCGGUCUGAUUCAGCACAGCGGCAACAUGGGUGGUGGGCACUAUAUCGCCUACUGCAGACACGCAAAAAGACCAAAUGAAUGGUACAAAAAUCUGGUGGAUCUUGAUCUACUCCUGAGCUUCAAAUUGAUUCAUCAUGAUCCUGGUGAUUGAGCAGAAGUAGAACUAGAUGAGGACUCGGCGCUUUCAGCGGUCGCGCUGAGUACAUCUCUACGAGAUUUCAAUACAGUGUUAUACUUCUAGCAUUCGUUCUAUGUACCAGGUGCAAAAGGAGCAACGCUCUCUGACGAACAACCUUAUUACAGGUUCGAAUACGAUGACUCGCGAGUAACAUCAGCGACGGAAGAGCAGAUAAAACAUGCAGAGCCCUAUGUUCUCUUCUACGAGAAAAUCCCACUAGAUCACCAGAAUGAAGAGCGAAAACGUGUAAAGACAUCAUACAAAGACCUGCAGAGACGCAUCCUGGAGAUGAUGAGGUAAUGACUGCUUUAUGUCAGCGUUCAUAAAAAGCCUACCCGGGAGUUAUUUCAGAGUUAAGGUGUUAUCGUUCUUCAUCUUCAUCAUCUCGUUGUAAGAAUAUAUACUUCGAUUUUUAUUCUGUACCCAAGACUCGUUGGAGGACGCUGAAAUACAGCAACCGUUUCCUCUCCGACAAGGAAAUAGUAACAUCAGGUUGAGCCUACGGAGCUGUGAGCAGCGGAACGACCCUAAGGGACCUAAGCCUCUUGACCUUGGUGAGAUUUAUCAGAAUCCACCACCAGAUCUAGGCGCCGUUGCUUUCAUCAGUCGUCGUUGGUAUGUUUAUGACAAAGAUCAGAAUUAGCGGUAGUUGUUCUUGGGGAGUAGGGUCGACAAAGACAAUGUUGAAAGAUACGUCUAGCUCUAGUCCUAGUUAUCAGUAACAGUAAGCCGUAAGGAAGGAAGAUUGUACUGUUUGUACUAGUGGCUUUUAUCUUAUUUUCUAAUAGCCCCGAUGUCGCACCAUGGCAGAGCCUGGUCCCUUGGACAACCAUUUGCUACUAUCACCUCACGGCUAUGUGGGAUGUACCCGCUUGUCGGUGGUCUGCGAAAAAUUUCUGCCCAUAUGCGCAGAAGUUUUCGAAGCCUUGCAGCGACAAUAUGGUGGUGGCCCCGCAUUACGAAAAAUCGGCAUAUGCAAGAAAAGUCUUGAUUACAUAGAUGCCUACAACUUCCGAAGGGCGCAGGAACUUAAGCUCGUCCAGAAGUACGACACGAAGGAUACAGGGGACGGACAAUUUUGGUACUAGUAAUCCGUCUUGUUUAUAGAUUUUAGAAGAAAAACUUGGGAAGUACAUCCUCUAGCUCUUUCAACGACACGGAGAACAACAAAUUGUGUACUUACAGUUGUCGCUCAGCUUCUGUUCUUGAUGCAGCUCACACUCCGCAAAAAAUGAAUUUAUUGAAAUUGAAACAGGUACCUCGUUGAUGCGUCCUGGGUCGCAAAUUGGAAACGGUAUGUGAAGAGCGAGCCUUGCGCUGACAUAGGAGAUAUGGUUCAUCCCUUGAAGGUGACGAAUUACCGUCUUUUCGAGUUGCCGAGUAAGGCGAACGACUUCUCAGUGCGGCCGCGACGCAAUCUGCGGGUGAAAGUCGAUUUUAUGGGCGUGAACGCAAGGGUCUGGGCACUGUUUCACCACUUCCACGGCGUGUUGAAUCCAAAGGUUGGAGACGAGUCGGCGGUGUGCCGAGUGGGCUUAGAAGUGGACUCACUACCUGGCGAAGAAGAGGUAGAUUUACGUCCUGAAGAGAUCGAUGCCGAAGAGUCCUUGGCAAGUCAACGCCUCUCCUGGCAGUAUGUCGAUGUCUUUCAUGGGGACUGGAACGCGUACCAGAAAUCUCGUUUUUUCCGUGAACCUCAGCCACUUGAGUCGGAAUUAGACCUCGGAGAAGGUGAGGGUGGACAAGAGCCCACCUCCAAUCAGCAGUCUUUUGUGAACAAGGUGGUUGCGAGCCGAGCGGAGGUGCCACUACAAGCGGCGCAGAAUGAGCAGAAAAAUGCCAUCCCCCCUGUGGAUGUGGUUGCUCGACAGGGACAGCACACCGUGGACAAGGAGAACUAUAGCUUGGACGCUCCACCUAUAGCUGCCGACACAAGAAGAGUCGUUGAGCGAGAUGCAGAGGCACAUGAGAUUAUGUUUCACCAUUCCGGUAGUAGAACAAGAAGAAUUCAUGAUAGAGGAGGACGCGCAACGCUUAAAAAUACGCUAAGAACCCGCAGAUCUACAGAGAUUUGUCUUUAUUUGAAAUCUAUUUCAUACACCAUUAUUUGAAAUCAAGAAUUACUAACUAUGUAUAUCUUUCCACUGUGAAGAUUGUGUGAACAGCUAGGUCUAGUCAUCGCGUCCGUUUUUGUCUAAGUACUGACAUACGCCACCCACCUGAUUCAUCAAUUUUAAUUUUUCUAAGGAGCUGUUGAGCCAAGCAACUACCAACGGUAUCCAUAAAAGCGCUGGCGCGGCCGCGCGGAUGAACUUUUAUCCCGAGGCUGCAGCUGAUGCGGGACCACAGGCUCAACCGGCAACAAUGAGAGGAAAUUCGAAGGAAGAGGUGGGAAGGCCCGCACAGGGUGUCCAGAAUGGCCACUCUAGGUCAGUCGAUGAAGAGAAGAAAUAUGCGUGUCGUGACAAAACAGACGGAGAUUAUUGUGCCAAAGAGGACGAAGGCGAUCUACGCAACGUAGAAAAUUAAGAUUUUCAGCUUUGUUUUCCUUCAUUUUCAUCAAUGAGAUUAAAUAUGAUUGGAGUUUGUGUGUGGUAUAACCUUUAUGUCAACUACUACGAAGAAAAAAUAUCUCCAAGCUGGCGAUGGGCUUGUUUUCCGCUUAUGGAGUCAAUCGUUUCAUUUUUUCGUGUUUAGCAAUGAUAACAGGGUUGAUAUGAAAAGCUCUUCAUCUCGUAUUUUUUUUUUCGCGUCUAUUUCUAACUCUAAUUAUAUGCGAACAUGAUGAAUGAACUGCCAAGCAAAAACGAUUUUGAGUUCCGGUGCGGCUCCAUAAGCGCUAAUGAUGUCGAUAUGCUGGAGGAAAGAUCUGCCUCGAAGGGCUCGUCACAGAUGAGUGACGGGAAAAUGGAAGGGGCAACUCCAUGAUGUAAAAUCCUAUGUUCUAUUAUCGUUGUCACUCUUAUUUUCUACCUGAGAAACUUGAGGAUGAUAGAUAAGAGAUUUUGCUUUUGGCUCCAUAUGUAUGCAACAAAGUGUAUUGAAAAUGAAAAAGCACAGAUCCUCUGGCUAUGCUGUAUACAAAAACAAAGUCAUGCAUUGAAAACAAAGUUUCGAAAUUUACUUCUACCUCUUUGUUGGAUAAACUUCAAUUCGAACAGAAUCUGGGUAACCAGGAAGACCGCGAGCAGCGGAGGCGCACUCGUCUCGAUAUAGAUAUAAGCAUAAAUAACGUGACUCAUAUUGCUGAAGCACGUUCUUUCUGUUCACAUUCAUUUUUUCAUGUAGUUCGAGCUCAAGCACCGCUGCGAGGCGCAGACCGAAGAGUAGACCACUAGAUUGAAAUCUCUUCUCAUAAUGUGCGGCUAGCAACUUCACUGACAUUUUUCAGUAAGGUGAUAGUGUCCGCAAGGCAUCGAUGACCUCAUCAUGAUCAUAAUUAUGAUGGAAGCAGUGAACUGCUCAAUAACUGCUCAUCAUCCCCUCACUUGUCAAGUUUUGUAGAAAUAAGGUAAGGCGUCGCAAAAUGAUUCCUUUUCAGGUCUGUUAGGACAAACGCAUCGUCAACAUUCAAGCCAAAGACUUAGCUUUAUUUUCUGAUCUUACUAGAUAACACUCAACAUCUGCUCAUACUUUUUUCCCAAUCUUCUUCUCCUUCAAACAACACCUCACGACUAUUCUGUUUGUUGCGCGCCAUGAGCAUGGCAUCGCAUGUACCUGCGAACAAGGUGGUGCAAAUAUCAACAGUGCUGGCCAAGGACGAUGACUUCUUACCACAUGUGACUUACUGUGCCCUUUCAGGAGGUAGAUUCUGGAUUUCGAAGUCGUUCUUUCGG